AUGUCUUCCUCCACUGAAAAAUCACCUCCUCCCCCCGAGGCGCAACAACACCAGGAAUCGCAGCAGACUGUCCCUCCUCCCGCCAUCACGAUGCAGCAGCAGCAACCGGGUUUCCAGCCAUACAUCUACGCCGCGACAAACGCACCUCAAGUGUCAUACGUUCCCUAUCCAGGACCGACGCCGACCUUUGACGACCUGGAGCCCGUCCUGAUUAAGCCCUGGGAAAUCACAAAGACUGUGUUCCACGUUUUGUCUUUUCUUCUCGCGGCGGCGGGGAUUGGAUUGGGCUUUAGCAGUCUCAAUUUCACUUACUUUGCUUACACGGUCUGCAUCAUCGCCCUCCUCUGGUCCCUCAUCGAACUCAUCGUCCGCGCCGCCCGCAAAUUCCAAAAACACGGCAUCCACCCCGGCGCCCACAUCGCCCUCUCCCUCAUCAUCUUCCUCGUCGCCACAGUCCUCACCUCCCUCUUCGGCCCCUGGUUCCAAGACUCCUGGGGCGCAUCAUACGCCACUCAGUCCUGCGGCAACCAAUGGAACUCCACCACACAAACCGUCGUCUGGACAUGUACUGAUGAUGAGGACAAUUACGCUGCGAAACACAUGUUUGCGCAUGAGAGGAGUGUUUCGAUUGCUGUGGCGGUGGUUACGUAUUUGAUUGCGGCGAUUCAUUUUACGUUGUUUGUGGGUGCGUGUGUGGAUACGUCGAGGGUGAAUGCUGCUGCUUCGAGGCCGAUUUAUGUUAUUGCGCAGCCGGCGAUGAUGCAGCAGGGAUGGCAGAUGAUUCCACAGGUUCCUAUUCAACCUUCGCCUGUGGUUCAGCAGCCUGUAGCGGAUCGUGAUGUGGUUCCUGCAGAGAGUGAGAAAAGGACCUGGAGGAAUAAGCGCAAGGGGAAGGGUAAGGGCAAGGAGCCUGCUCUGAAUAACAUUGAGGAGCAAAACGAGACUACUGGUCAGCAAUCAUGA